AUGACAUCAACAACGACAAACGAUAAUUCAAUUUCAUUAACACAAACAGUUCAACAUCCUUUUCCUGCAUCAAAAUCAGCAUUAACAUCACCAUUAGCUUCACUUGCAAAUGCUACGGAACCAAAUAGUUCUUCAUCGAAUCAACAACAAUCAUCAGUUGCUACUUUUCCUCAAAGAAAAACAGGAGCAUCACCAACAACUAAUAAAGAAUCUCCAUUUGGUGGUUCAUUUAUACAAUCAUCUACAACUGGAUCGAAUACAGGGUUUUCAUUUACAAAACCAUUACCAACAAAUAGCUCUGGUCAUUUUUUUUCAAAUACAACAUCAAACAAUGCUUCUGGUGUUUCUUUUCCAAAUACAACAUCAGGAAAUUUUCCUAUAUUUAAUUUUACAAAUUCAUCAGAAAAUCCUUUUAGUGUUCCAUCUAAUCAAUCAACAAUUAAUUCACAGGUUCGACAACCAAUACAAUCAUUUACAUUUUCAUCAUCUAAACAACAACAAGAAAUAUCAAUCAUAAAUGAAGCAGCAGGAACUACACAAAAUAGUAUAUCAACAUCUUCAAGAAAAUUAUCUGAUCCUUCAACACCUAUUUCACAACAAUCAGGUUUCCCAAAUCAAGAACAAGAAGCAACAGAUCUUCCAGCUUCAUUAGCUGAUAUAUCAUUAUUAGAAAAAAAAAUUCGUACAAAAUUAGUAGAUUCAAGUGCAUUAGUUAUUGAUCGUAGUGAUCCAACAUCACCACUAUACUCACUAAAAUCAUUUCAAGAUUUCAAUUUGAAACCUGAGUUAUUAAAAGGUGUUUACAGUAUGGGUUUUCAAGCUCCUAGCAAAAUUCAAGAAAUUGCUCUACCGCAUUUAUUAAACAAUCCCCCAAAAAAUAUAAUAGCACAAUCACAAUCUGGUACAGGUAAAACAGCUGCUUUUUCAUUAGCAAUACUAUCACGUAUUGAUCCAUCGAUUCCAUCAGUGCAAGCACUUAUUCUUGCACCAACAUUUGAAUUAGCUAUACAAAUUGGUUCGGUUAUUGAAAAAAUGGCACAAUUUUUACCAUAUAUUAAAAUUGCUUAUGCUGUGCGUAAUGCCGCAACUACUUAUGUUCGUCGUCAACUUUUAAGCGAACCAAUUGUUAUUGGUACACCAGGUACAGUUGAAGAUUGGUGUCGUCGACAACGUGUUAUAGAUUUAAGUAAAUUACGUGUAUGUUGUGUUGAUGAAGCUGAUGUUAUGAUAACAACUGAAGGUUUUCAAAAAACAUGUGUUGAUCUUGUACGAAGUCUUAAUCCUUCCAUUUGUCAAAUGAUGUUAUUUUCAGCUACAUAUUCCGAUGAAGUUAUGGCAUUUGCAAGUGAAAUUGUUAAAGAUCCAGUUGUUUUAAGAUUAAAACGUGAAAAACAAACAUUAAAUAAUAUAAGACAAUUUUUUAUACGUUGUUAUGAUCCUGAACAAAAAUAUCAUGCUAUUGAACAAAUUUAUGCUUAUUUACCACUUGGACAAGCAAUGAUUUUUUGUCGAACAAAAGCAACAGCACGUGAAUUAGCUGUUCGAAUGGCAAGUCAACAACAUUCAGUACGAGAAUUAACAGGAGCUUUAGAUAUUGAACAGCGUGCAUCAGUUAUUCGUCAAUUUCGUGACCGUGUAUUUAAUGUACUUAUAUCAACAAAAGUUACAGAUCGUGGUAUUGAUAUUGAAGAUAUUUCAUUAGUUAUUAAUUAUGAUAUGCCAGUUACUGUUGAUUUUAAACCAGAUUAUGAAACAUAUCUUCAUCGUAUUGCUCCUUGUGGUCGUUUCGGUAAAUUAGGCUAUACAUUUAAUUUCAUUGGUUCAGAAAAAGAUUUUAAUACAAUGAAAGCAAUUGAAGAAUAUUUCCAUCAUCCUAUUGUUGAAAUAACUAUUGAUGACAUAAGCAAUCUUGAACAAGAUCAAGAAUAA